UGUUAGAGUAUUUAAACAGCGUUGUAUUCGGUUGAACCUAUUCAUAUCCGUCAUAUGAAAAAGCUUGCUUGUUGCAAUAUACAGAGAUUUGAGACUUUUCUUCAACGUGUAGAGUUGCAUUAAAAUUUUGAAAUAUUUAUUUACUAGUUUAUCUAUCUUAACUACGCGCGCGCUCAAAACCAAUAUCAGUUAUGGCUAUUUAAAGCAACUAAUUAUCAAACUGGUUAUCGGUAGGGGUAAUUUGAACAAGUGGAUAAACUAUUCGCGAAACCAAUUUACCUAAAAUUAGCAUUCCACUUAUAUACGAACCGGACCUUAUUUUAACUCUCACACUGCAAAUCUUCAUGGACGUUGGGUGGAUUUUAUGUUCUUGAUAACUCUUCAAUAAGUUAUGAAAUAGAACGUUAAUAAUGUGGAUAUAUUCGUUGGCGUCGCUUACUGUUUAUUAUGUAAUUAAAGAGUCAAUGUAAACUAUAUUGGUUUAUAUGAUCUGUGUUUGAGAAACGUUUAUUCAUAGUUCGCAAGACAGAUAUUGGCAAAAUAUGUGGUUUAAUAACAUAUAUAGAGAGAGUAUAUGAUACAACACAUAUGAAUAUCUAACGAUAUGUACCGAACGAAGAUUCAGUUAAUGUAAGCUAAACAAGAAUAAAGUUCAGUGAUAAAAAUUGUGUGUUCGAAAUUCGAAAGACCACAAUAGGUCUUUUGGUGUGCCAUCAUAAAGUGGACUGUGACCUUGUUGAUAACGUCAUAAUGUUUAUUCUCGUGAAAUACGGUAACAACGAGACGUUGCUAUGCAAUCCAAGCUGCAUGGUUGUCAACCUGCUCACGAGCAUCAAACGUCGGUCUGGCUACGGCAAUACAGACGUCAUUGUCGAUAUAGCAGACGAGACUGGACUUGUCAAGGAGCUUGACAACCACAAGUUUGACACCGGAAACAAGCACCUGGACUCGCACGCGACUUACAUCCUGGUCUCGAAGGAGCUUGCGCGGGAGGAUACUUUCGAGCUGCGCGCCCCUACGCCGCUGCCGCCACAGUACAAUUACAAACCCCUCCUCGAAAAAUACGAGGACCUGUUCCCGAACUUCAACAUCCGGUCAGCGGAGGUGCAGAAGACGCUCAAGUCCAAGUCGCGCACCGGAAAGUCGCCCAGCCCGGCCGGCCGCUACUCUACCUCACGACAGGCCGGGAAGAAAACACCCAGUGGGAAGGUGACAACUAGACGAAAAUGAGCGCCGUAUUCGUAUUGAGUUGUGAUUUAAAAAAAAACUCAAAAAAGUACGUGUACUUCACCGUUAUGACAAUACUUAAUUAACAAUAAUACUGAUAAAAUGUGCUGGAUUACUUGAACUUGCAAUUACCCAUGUUACGAUACUAAGGGACAUGCAUAGUACUGCACUGACAUGUUAGAUCAUACAUACAUUGUUGGUGCAACGCUGAAGUCUAUAAUAAACAAUUAAUCAACACAAAUGUACAUUAUGCAUGUCAUUCAGGCUUUUCGUAAUAGUUAGAGAUUAAAAUGACGGCACAAACCGUUUGAAAUCAUUAUUCAGCGUCCAGAAAGCUACUUGUUGGAGUCCCUUUAUAGUGGUUUUAAAUUGAAUGUAUACAAUGUGAAAAUGCAAAAAAAUUGUUAUACCUGAAUCUAAAGUGAACUAUUUUUUUUAGAAUUCGGUGUUUCAUAAACGCACCAGGGUGCUGUAAACAACACCUUCAGAGUCAUAUGUAAUAUGCAUUUUUUUAAAUACUUAAAUUAAUAAGUCACCGACAAACAAUUUGUUUAAAUGGUAUAUACCGGUACACAAAUCAAGAAUUAAUGACUCAAAAAACAUUGUAAUUUUAAACACGUUUUAAUAAUGUAUUAACAUGUGGGGAUUUGACUUGGGUAAAAAUGAACGUGUUCACACUCUGUUAAGGUCAUUUCAUGUAUUUAUUUACAACAGUAUACUCAUUUGACUAGUAAAAUAAGUAUAAUAGCAAAAAUACUUUGAUAAAAUAGUUUCCAUCCUACGUGAAUCGAAACCAGGGCUCAUCGAUGCAAAAUAGUUUUUUAUCUACACCACAGAGGCAUUUAAUAUUGAAAAAUAUAUAUUAGAACAAAUAUCUUGUUUUGAUUUCGACAACAUCGUAUUAAGUUUUACCUACUUUUUAGGGUGAAGGGAAAGUUUCAAAAUAAGGUGAUAUUCAACGAGUUCUUGAAAUUCUUGAAUCUUAAUUAAAAGUUAACGUACAAGAAUAACAUUAUUACUGAUAACAAAAAAUAUCAACCCAUUUUACUUAAGUAAAAGUGAUACGCUACACAAUGAUAGGUUAGGAUACAAAGUGUGUGUAGUAGUUUUGUAUCGAGUGAAACGGGAAUUGCUCCUCCGGCACAAAACGCAAUUUUUAACCGAUGUAACUUGUUCACAGAACGUUCGCAUUUUUUUUGUGUGUCAUUAUAUGCCAAAAGUGUCAUAAUUUGUGCAGGAACAAAUAUCUCAUUAUAACAACGUUUGUUACGAUACAUGUGUAUGAUUGUUCAUUUUGAAUGAUGCGAACUCUUAUUCAGAUGUAUAUAUUUUCAGUAUAUUCGUUUUUCUGUAUUGUGUAUUGUGGUUAAAAUCCAUUUGUGUACUCUAUCCUUCUAUAUUUGAAAAUGUUACAAAAAGUGUCAAUUCGUCAUUCUGAAAGUAAGUCCCUUUAUUUUACAUUGACAUGAAACUGGAGUUUUUUCAUAUUUAUCCAAUGGCCUGAAUACAAUCUUUGGUAUGAUAUGAUAUAAAAUAAUUUUACAGGGUGUAGACUAUAAAUUGUACGGGAUCUAGUUUGAUUUCCCAUGUUCAUGUUAAUAUUUUGGAAGCAGAAAGAUAUUUCCGCCAGCCAUAGUUUACUCGGUACUUACGACCAAAGAUAUUUGUUAUUGAUAGCGCGCUUGGUCCAGUGCCCUUUGUCCGAAUUGAGAGUCGUCCUAAGUCGUUAUAAUUCUAACUGUCGAUGAAUGCUCAAGGAUUUCAUUUUUCAUAAAACUUUAUCCAUGGUUGUUUUAAUUUUACACAAACAAAUUUUUACAUAAUAAAUAAUGUAUAAUUGAUGUGUAAUUAUAACAUGUGUAUGUGUCAUUUAAUACCAUUUAUAAUGUGCUAGGAUUGCAUUUGUCAACAACAUAAGACUAAUAACUCAUUAUUCUAUUUGUUCUAAAUACUAGCUUUGUAUUCGUCAAACCUUACCAUGGACAUAAUUGACGUUUUAAAACUUCUUUUGAAAUAAAUAUUUACCAUAAAACAACUUCUACUACGUUCGUUAACAUGUAUAGAAAACAACAUAACCUUGUUAUAUUAUGUGUAUCAUUAUAUAUUUAUAAAUCAUAAAUUACAUAAUAACAUAAUUGCCGUCAAUUUCACGUGUAUUGAUCACUACUCAUCCUUUAAUUAUUUUUAAAACACAUCAACUCGACAUCUUAACACACCUUUCUCAAUGACUACCCGGUAAUCAAACAAACCAUUUUCAUUCCGCCUGUCAUUUAACAUCAUAUGGAACGUAGGUACGUUAAGCGUUACGUGAUCUAAACGUCAAUCCAUACGUCAGCAGAAAUUACUCAUACUUUCUUCCGGGUAUAUUACUAUAUUGGUAGUUUUGUGAUACGGUGACUGAAAACAGACGUAUAACACAUUUUGACUGCAUGCGAUACGAACGUCUACAAUUUGGAUACAAGAACAAUGUGAGUAGUUCAUUUCGAGCUUUCUUUCCUAAUAAUAAUAAUAUUUUUUAUGCUUGUUUUCAAGAUUAAUGUAUUGAUUGUUGUUUUAAAUAAAACAUCUAACAUUCUUA